UUUGAACAUUCUGCUGAGAUCCACCAACAGCGAAAGAUUGAGUGCGGAAGAAAAGCUAGUGUGCUAGUCCUCUGGGCCAGGAAAAAAAACUUUUAACAAGAGAAAAGCUCAGUGUUUUGGCAUUUAAAAAGCGGAGAAAAGUGUCAUUGAACUUUUUUUUUCUGGGACUUUAGAAAGUUUUGGAGAGAUCUUUGAGGCAGUAAUCUUUUUCGUAUGAGGAAAAUAGAAAAGAUAGAAAAUGUUGAAAAAGGUGUAAAGCUCAAAAUGUUCCCUGCGUAUCGGAUACAUAGAAGUUGCUGAAUGAUAGACGGGUGGAGGAGUGCUAUAUAGCUAUUGGCUGUGGCAGAUUCGGUAGCAGCAGCAGCAUCCAGGCAAAAGGAAAUCGAUUUUAGUCAGGUGUAGUCUGCGCUAGAAGCCAGUUGAGCUUUCUGACCGUAUCCAAAAUGUUUGCCAUACAGUGAAUUUUAUAUUCUUGAACAAUUAUAUACAUUAAAAGUGCUUUUCAUACCAGAACUGAGGCGAUAUCGAAGAUUUCAAGAUGAUAAUGGGUACUGGACACUGCUUCUGGGCAAUAUUUUACUUUGCCUGUUUAUGUAGUGCAUCUCUAGCAAACAAUGCCAAUAUAAACUUCCGAGAACGUGAAAAGAAGGUCUUGGAUCAGAUUUUAGGGAUUGGAAAAUAUGAUGCUCGAAUUCGACCAUCGGGAAUCAAUGGAACUGACAAUAAUUCGCCCACUGUCGUGAGGGUCAACAUGUUCCUUCGGUCGAUCUCUAAAAUUGAUGAUUAUAAAAUGGAAUACAGCGUUCAAUUAACAUUCAGAGAACAAUGGCUAGAUGAGAGAUUGAAAUUCAAUGAUGUUGGAGGUCGACUGAAAUAUUUGACACUGACCGAAGCGAACAGAGUUUGGAUGCCAGAUUUGUUCUUUUCGAAUGAGAAAGAGGGUCAUUUUCACAAUAUCAUCAUGCCUAACGUGUACAUUCGCAUAUUUCCUUUUGGAUCUGUCCUCUACAGUAUAAGAAUAUCGUUAACACUAGCAUGUCCAAUGAAUUUAAAACUUUAUCCUCUGGAUCGACAAGUUUGCUCACUCCGGAUGGCCAGUUACGGUUGGACAACUGAUGACUUGGUGUUCCUAUGGAAAGAAGGUGAUCCUGUCCAAGUUGUAAAAAAUCUCCAUCUUCCUCGAUUUACACUGGAAAAAUUUCUCACUGAUUACUGCAACAGCAAAACAAAUACAGGCGAAUAUAGUUGUCUAAAAGUUGAUCUACUGUUCAAACGUGAAUUUUCGUACUACCUUAUACAAAUUUAUAUCCCUUGCUGUAUGCUUGUUAUCGUAUCUUGGGUAUCAUUUUGGUUGGACCAAGGAGCUGUUCCAGCAAGGGUGUCAUUAGGUGUAACAACUCUCCUGACAAUGGCUACUCAAACAUCUGGUAUAAAUGCCUCCUUGCCACCUGUAUCCUAUACAAAAGCUAUUGAUGUGUGGACAGGUGUCUGCCUUACUUUUGUAUUUGGGGCUCUUCUGGAAUUUGCACUUGUAAACUAUGCAUCUCGUUCAGAUCUUCAUCGGGAAAAUAUGAAGAAGAAACGACGUGAAUUAGAACAAGCUAGUCUUGAUGCUGCAUCAGAUCUUUUGGAUACCGAUUCAAAUGCCACAUUUGCCAUGAAACCACUUGUACGACAUCCUGGUGAUCCUCUUGCUCUAGAAAAACUUCGACAAUGUGAAGUUCACAUGCAACCACCAAAAAGACCAAAUUGCUGUAGAUCAUGGUUAUCAAAAUUUCCAACAAGAUCGAAGAGAAUCGACGUUAUAUCGAGGAUAACGUUUCCACUUGUAUUCGCACUGUUCAAUCUGGUUUAUUGGAGUACAUAUCUCUUCAGGGAAGAGGAGGAAAAUUAGACAAAUUUAAUUGUCUCAUUCAAUAUUGAAUUAAGAAAGAAGAGACCGGUAUAUGUCGUAAUUAUUUGGAAAUACUUUAAAUUCCCCGAAAACAAAACAAAAUAUCUGCACACAGAUGUAACCAUCAAUUAAUGAGAAAACGUUUUGUUAUAUUUUGACGUUAUUAAAAUACAUAUGCUAUAAUGACUUCCCUGUAGCAAUAUUUUUAUUGACUGGUUUAAGAGUCAAUAAUAAUAAUAAUACACGUUGUGAAGACAAAACAAAAGAAAUGGGCUUAAAAUUGCUGAAAGUAUGAUUUUAAAUUAGGUAUAAUACGUAUGAAAGUCUGUUGAAAGAUAAUUAUUUUGAAAUUUAUCAUAAUUUGUCUAGUGCUCAAAGUUUAUGUACGUUUUCAUUAUGAAUGAUAUCAUGUAAAAUUAAGAGAAUAAUAAUACGUGUAUUACAGGUCUUUUCGCAAAAACAAAUCACUAAUCAUUUAAGUUAAUUAAAAUACUGCCCAUCCAAAAUGAGUAAAACUCCGUGUAUCACUACUCGUUAUUUAUUAAAGAAAAAAAAAUACAAAAAGAAUAAACAAAAAUACUACAGGAAAGAAAGAUAAAGCUUGUAUUUGAGCUGGAUUUUCACUUCAAAAAAUAUUUGUUAUCUAUCAAUUGGAUUUUAUUUUAUCUUUUGUUUUUUUUUUUAAUUUAAAGAAGUAAAUUGAAUUAAAAUCAAACUUGCAAUAAAACUAUAAAGGGUUUAUAUUUUUGUUAUAGUGUUUUUAAUAGAUAAAUCUCGAAAAACAAAUUAAGAAUAGUUUCUUUUAAAUUUUUUUUUGAAAAGUUUUGAAGAAUGGAUUUUAAAGGAUAUUCAAAGGUUUCUUCUUGAUAUAUCAUGUGCAAUUGUUUGUAUACUUUUAUUUUAGAAGUAUAGAAAUCCGUGUGUUCAGUCUUCUUUUCUGUCCAAUUGGUUGUUUAAACUUAUGUAAAAAGUAAUGAUAUUUUCCAAAUAGAGCUGUUUGACAGCUUUGUAUAAAAAAAAUUUUAUAUUAAAUAAAUGACUUUAUGUAAUAAAGAUAUAAGAAAAUUUGUGAGGAAUUUAGAAGCUGUUAGAAUAUGAACUAGAAAAUUAAUAAAAUUGAAGUCAAAACUAACUGUUAGGUAUUAUAGACUUAUAAAAAUAUGUAUCUUCUUUUUUAUUUGUUUAAAUUUUAUGAAAAUACAUAUAUAAAACUCUGUUAUUAAUUGCAUAUUUGAUAACAUUGGAUUAAAAUCAUGGCUUAAUUGGUGGACAAUGAAUUGCGAACAAUUUUAAUAUAUUUAUUUUAAUUUGCAGAAUUUUGAAUUAGUUUUCUUAAGAUUUUUCAAAGGAAUAAACCAAAAAAAAAUGAUUUUCAAAAUCUGCUCUUUCAAUACAGGGUUUGCUAUUAAAAUACCGAUGUUGUAUAUAUAAGAAAAGUGUGACUAGUAUAUACAAUCUGACGUAUGUAAUAUGUAUAUUUAACGUUAAAGAAACUAUAGCAUACAGUUAUCACUGUUAAGAUUCUUCACAUUUCAUUAUUCAUUUUCGUGUUAGCACGAUGACCGAAUGCCCUUAGCCUUUUCGAAAAUCAUUCAAUAUCCCAUGACCAUUGGUUUCUGUAACUUCGACUCUGACUAUAUAAGUAAAAGAAAUUUAAAAAAAAACAUGUCUACAAAUAGAUCAUGUGUAAAUAGAUAGAAGAGCUCUCAAACAAUUCAAAUUCGAUCCACUUAGAUUGAUUUUUUUCCUUAUUUCUUGAAAAUUUUCGAACUUAAAAAACAAAAAAUUAAAAAAAAAAUUAAAAUUUGAUUUUUCUUUAAGCAAUUGUGUUGACUUUUGAAAUAUUUGGGUUAUUAUUUUUUGCAUGAAAAUCAAAAAUAAAAAUAAUAAGAAAAGAGAGGCUGUUCUUUAAGAAGAAUUGUAAAAUGCUUUUAGCAGGAAACUUUUGGAAUAGAAUAUUUAAGUUUCAAUUAAAAAAAACGAAGAACCACUUUCAUAAAUCCAUAAAUUUGUGAUAUGCGAUAAAUUUUAUGUUCAAUUAAGAUUCACAAUCGUUAAAUUUUGUGAGAAAUAAACAAGCCUAAAAUCAUAUAGGACCUAAAAUCCAUUUUGUAAUACGAUAUUUUUACUUUAACUCAAUGAAAAGACAGACUAAAAACAGCAGUAUUAUUUUAAAUUGACUCGCAAAAAGACCUAUCUUUAACAAAAAAAAAAAAACGUAAGCCUAUCACGAUAAUACGGCAGAGGAAACAGAAUUAAUUAGAAUAGGUUUAGAAAGAUAAAGUUUGUGACCGAGUCAAGAAAAUUGGGAGAAAAAAGAAACUUUAGGAGUUAGAUACGAUAAAACGAGAUGUGCAUCCAAUGCAAAAUCAAUUAAUAAAAAUUCAGUUUUGAAAAAUAAAUUGCUAUAUUGACACCGUUUGUAUUGUUUGUAAUUUGCCUAAAACAAAAAAAGCGUUAAAAAAAUAUUUUAAAAUAACUGAUGUAGGGGUAAAACUCCAGAGUAGGAUAUCCUAAGUGAAUGGUUAAAGUAACCAAAAAUCCAAUUUUCAAAUAAAUCUUUAAACAAUAUGAUAAAUGACACUUUGUGAAACAAAAAACAAAAAAAAAACAAAAAAUGAAAAAAUAACAAUGCAAUUGAAAUAUGAAUGUUUAUUUUCUAUUUUGGUUGAAGUUUUAUAUUCAAAUUAGAUGAGUUUUAAAUAUCAGAAUGUAGGUAAGAUAAAUAAUAAUCACAAAUUUAUUUAGAAAAUCCAUAAAAAAUGAUAAUUAAGACAGAAGAGUCACAAAAAAAAAUUUGUAUUGAAAAUGUAUAAACAUAUUUUAUGACGAAAAAUAAUAACUAAAAAAUUGAUUUUAUUGAUAUAAAUUGCAAAAGAGUCUUCCUGUUUCAUUAUUUUCUAUAUACAAUAAUUUAAAAUUUUAUUCUAUUGUGACUAAUUUUUUGUUGUUUCACGGAUCCAAUCCAUAUAUUCGGAUAUUCUGGUAUAGACGCCAGGGUAACCAGGUUCACCACAUUUAUUACCAAAGCUCACAAUGCCCAGCUGUGUCCAUCGUGCAUCAAUCCUCAUCAUCAAUGGUCCUUUGUAAAAAAGUGAAAAUUGAAAUAAAACCUUGAUUUAUUUGAAA